AUGACAUCCUUCUCAACUCACACGAGCGAUCUCUCAGCUUCAAUAAAACGCGGCGACAGUCAACCCGAUAACAAACCCAUCUUAGAGAACGAGAAAACCCAUGUCUUCCAAACAGCACAAGAAGAAAUCUCACCCAGCGCAAGCCUCUCAUGUCCCUCAUUCACCGAGCAAGAACAGAAAUCCAUCAUCCGACGCAUAGAUGUUCGCGUCGUACUUCUGCUCAGCCUCAUGUACACCUGCUCUCUCAUCGACAGGGUGCAAAUCGGUCUAGCCAUGAUUACUGGUAUGGGAGCGGAUCUCAGUCUAACUGGAACGCAAUACACGACUAUCAACGCCGUAUUCUUCGGGCCAUACGUCGUCCUGCAGUUCCCAUCUACGAUUCUACUGAGAAAGAUUGGACCGAAAAAGUUCUUGGCCAGUACAACGCUACUCUGGGGAAUGGUGACAAUUGCUGGUGGGUUCGUGAGAAAGUAUGAGGAUAUGAUUGCACUACGCUGUAUACUCGGAGCGUGCGAGGCUGGCUUCUUUCCGGCAUGUUUAUACCUUCUCAUGGUCUGGUAUCCACGCUACGAUCUCCAGAAACGGAAUGCUGCCCUCCUCAUCAUUGGAAUGGUGAGCAGUGCUUUCUCCGGUAUCCUCGCAUUCGGAAUCUCCCACCUAAGUGGCCACGGAGUAGGACCCAGCUUCUGGGGAAAAUUGAACAUCCAGACUGGCAUUCGUGAGCCUGGCAUCGCUGGCUGGCGUUGGAUCUUCAUCCUCUAUGGAACAGCCACAUGCAUCGUCUCCGUACUAUCCUGGUGGGUCCUUGUAGAUUUCCCAGAAAAGAUCGCUCUAGGCACAGCGCACAAGACCUUCCAAUUCUUGACAAAAGAAGAAGCCACCUGGGCAAUUCAGAGAAUCGAAGCAGAUCGAAAAGAUGCGAUGCCAACAGAAUUCAACCUCAGAGAAUACAUCAACAACGCAUGGGACCUCAAACUCUGGGUCUUCAGCCUCCUAAUUCUCUGCCAAGCCACAGUCGGCUAUGGCAUAGGAUUCGCUUUACCCUUCCUAUUGAUGGAAGGCAUGGGUUUCAGUCUGACAGUCUCGCAAUGUCUCUGCACCCCACCUUAUGUGCUCGCAGGCGUUAGCACAUGGUUUGUAGCAUACUAUUCCGACAAAUGGAGAAUACGAUCACCCUUCAUUUUGGUGAACAGCUGUUUCGCGUUCGUCGGCAUUUGCUUGAUCGGAUAUGUCGAAACUGCUGGAGUCAGGUAUUUUGGCGUAUUCCUCGCGGCAGUCGCGGGGUUGGCGAAUGCACCUUGCCUUUUGACGUGGCAGGCGAACAAUGUGCGCGGACAGUGGAAGCGAGCACUCGUCUCCACAUUUGCGGUUGGCGCAGGUGCCAUCGGAGGCGUUAUAGGAUCAUUGGUGUUCAAGCCAGGCGAUACGCCUCAUUACACGAUGGGAAUUGCGACUUGCCUCGUUGCUCAGGGCCUAACAAUAUUCUUGGUUUUGCUGUUGCUCUGGAAGUUCACACAAGCGAACAGGCGAGCGGCAAGUGGUGGCAAGCUCAUCGGAGGGCUCCCGGGUUUUCGAUACACGCUUUAA